AUGGAGUACUACUGCUUUCAAUUCAUUUACUGUGAUUUUCUGAGAGGCACGCGGAAGUUGCCUAAUACUUUCCUCCGCCAAAAUCAACUCGGAAACCAAGAAAGCUACUCAUCAAAACCAACUUGUAAACCAAUAAGCGGCUUCGUUGAGAUAAAAGAAAGAGCUCUUUCAGCAUCUUAUUUUUCUUUAAUUGCAACUACAACUUCCAACUUCCAACUUCAACUUCAUGGCAGCACUAGAUUUGGUUCCCCCUCCUCCUCUGCUGCCUCCACAAGUACUGGAUCUUCGAGUUACGAUGUGUUUCUCAACUUUAGGGGUGAAGAUACUCGUAAAAACUUCACUGGCUUCCUUUACAAAACUCUGAAAGAUAGAGGGAUUAAUGUCUUUAUUGACAGUGAAAAUCUGUGGACUGGAGAAGCAAUUGGCCCAGCCCUCCAUAAAGCGAUUGAAGGCUCCAAAAUCUCAAUCCCUGUCUUCUCCAAAGGUUAUGAGGAUAGCAAAUGGUGCCUGCAGGAACUUGCUCAUAUAGUUCAAUGCCAAAGAUCCCACAAUCAAAUUGUCCUCCCUAUAUUCUUCUACGUUGAUCCAUCAGAUGUUUGGAAUCAGACCGGAACUUUUGAAGAAUCAUUCCAAAAACACGCGACAAAGAAUUUCGAAUCCUCUACCAUAGAGAGUUGGAGGGAAGCUUUAAGAGUGGUAGGGAAUUUGAAAGGAGAAGUUCUCGACGAAACUAAGGAUCAAGCAGAGUUAGUUGAAUUAGUUGUCAAAAGGGCUCUGGGUGAAUUAGUCAGUAGCACGCACUUGGCUGAUUGUAAAUACCGUAUUGAUAUGGAUUUUAGAGAAAAUUAUCUAUUAUCAUUAUUAAAUAUUGGCUCCAAUGAUGUUCAAUUCGUGGGAAUCUGUGGUUUCGGUGGCAUCGGGAAGACAACUAUUGCCAAAGUUGUGUAUAAUCGCAACCUUUCAACAUUCAAUAGGCAUAGUUUUCUUUCAGACAUUAGAGAACAAGCGACGCAAUGCAUGGGUCUAGUGUCGUUGCAGAAGCGAUUUCUUACAGAUAUCUUCCAAACAGACUUUGACAUAGGUGAUAUUCAUAGGGGGAAAAAACUGAUAGAAGAAAGAGUUUGUAAAGAGAAGGUUCUUGUUGUUCUUGAUGAUGUGGACGCUAAAGAACAGAUAGAUGCUUUGGCUGGUGGACUCAAUUGGUUUGGCCAAGGAAGUAGGGUCAUAAUUACAACCAGAGACGAACAUAUUUUGAACAUGGCUAACGUCAAUAGAGAUAAAAUAUACUGGCCUCAAUUGCUAGAUCAUGAGCAUUCUCUUCAACUAUUUAGUUGUCAUGCCUUUCAAAACAACCAACCUCCUGAAGAUUAUAUGCAACUCUCACUUGAUGUGGCAUUCCAUUCUGGAGGGUUGCCUUUAAUUCUAGAGGUGUUCGGGUCUUACUUAUUAGACCUAAGUGACAGAGAAGAGUGGGAGAGUACAUUACAAACAUUGAAAGAAAUCCCUCCUGAAGAAGUCCAGAGAAGGUUGAAGCUAAGCUAUGACAAUCUAGAGAACGAUUUUCAAAAAACCAUAUUUCUUGAUGCUGCAUGCUUUUUCAUUGGAUGGGAGAAAGAAGUUGUAAUUUCCAUAUGGGAAGCUUGUGGCUAUCAUCCCAAAUCAGCAAUAUACAGAUUAAUUAAACGAUCCCUCCUAAAAUUUGAAGGCGGAUUGGGUUGUGAACACUUGACAAUGCAUAAUCACAUUCGAGACAUAGGAAGAGAAAUUGUCUUAGAUGAAAGUCGUAUGGAGCCGGGGAAACGUAGUAGGUUAUGGUCUGAUGGCGAAAUCUUGGAAGUAUUAGAAGGACACACGGGAACUGAUAUGAUAAAAGGCAUGAGUCUCCCCGAUCCCUCAAGGCUGCUUAUUAAUUUAACUAGCGAAUCUUUUGAGACGAUGCCCAAUCUAAGAUUUCUUAACAUUAGUUCAGCAAAAUUUAUGGGAGACUUUUCGCGCUUUCCUUUUGCGUUAAGAUGUUUCAUGUGGAUAAAUCACUCUGAAAUUAUUUUACCAACCAAUUUUUAUCAUAAGAGAUUAGUUUAUCUCAAUCUAUCAGGCAGUAAUUUUAAACAAGUUUCGAAUAUCAAGCCUGAAGAUGAGAAUAAGCGGUUCCAAAAUUUGAAAGUUCUCAAUCUUAGUUACUGUAGAUAUCUAUCCAAGUCCCCAGACUUUUCAUGGUUUCCUUACUUGGAGCAAUUAGAUCUUCAAUCAUGUGAUUCCUUGGAUGAGUUAGACGAGUCCAUCAGGCAAUUGAGUCAGCUUAAAAGUCUACUUCUCAAAAGGAGCAUCCUCAAGAAGUUGCCCGAGUCCAUUGGUGAUCUAAAAUCACUAGUCAAGCUUAACUUGAAGGCAACACAAAUAGAAGAACUCCCAGACAGCAUUUCCAGGAUGAAUUCUCUCAAAGAGCUUAUUCUCAAUCAGUGCAACUCACUCAAAAAGUUGCCCUAGUCAAUUGGUGAUCUAAAAUCCCUAGUCAAGCUUGACUUGUCAGAUACAGAAAUAGAAGAACUCCCAAACAGCAUUUCCAGGAUGAGUUCUCUCAAAGAGCUUAUUCUCAAUCAGUGCAACUCACUCAAAAAGUUGCCCGAGUCAAUUGGUGAUCUAAAAUCCCUAGUCAAGCUUGACUUGUCAAAUACAAAAAUAGAAGAACUCCCAAACAGCAUUUCCAGGAUGAGUUGUCUCAAAGAACUUAUUCUUAUAUGUUGUGGCUCACUCGAAAAGUUGCCUGAAUCAAUUGGUGAUCUUAAAUCCCUAGUCAAGCUUGACUUGUCAAAUAUAGAAAUAGAAGAACUCCCAAACAGCAUUUCCAAGACGAGUUGUCUCGAAGAACUUAUUCUUAAUUCAUGCUUAUCACUAAAACAAUUGCCUGAGUCAAUUGGUGAUCUAAAAUCCCUAGCCAAGCUUGACUUAGCAUUUACAGACAGAAGAACUCCCAGACAGCGUUUCCAAGAUGAGUUCUCUCAGAG